AUGGCUACUGGUUGUGUCGAAUGGAAGGUAGCGGUUUCAGAUACAAUGACUCUGCAUGAACCCGACCCAUUUAGUCUCAUUUGGGCUAUUUGUCUUCCCAUUUCUGGUUUCUUUAAGAGGAUAUGGAAUAUGGUGGUGAUUGAUCCAAGGAGAGCGAUACAUGGAGUGAAAGCAGGUUUUGCACUGAGUAUUGUAUCACUUUUUUACUAUGUGAAGCCGUUAUACGAUGGCAUUGGGGGAACGGGAAUAGGAGCUGUUAUGACUGUUGCAGUAAUUUUUGAUUUUACUGUUGGUGGAACUAUAUCCAGAGCCUUCAAUAGAGUAACUGCAACAUUAUUCGGAGGUUCACUAGCCAUAGCUAUCCAUUACAUAGCAGAUAUUUCUGGUCAGAUGACUGAUCCUGUAAUCCGAGGAUCCUUUGUGUUUUUGAUAGUUUCUGUUUCUGGGUAUCGAGUUGGUGAGUUGACUGAGCUAGUACAGCGUCGAUGCUUGACUAUAGGCUUAGGAAGCUCAAUAUGUGUGAUUGUGAGCAUGUUUGUGAAUCCGAUAUGGGCUGGUUUUGAUCUUCAUCUAUUAUGUGUAAAAAACAUGGAGAAGCUUGCUGCAUCUUUGGAUGGGUGUGUAGCUGAGUAUUUUUCGCAGGGUGGGACAUUUGAUGGAAAGGAAGUUGGGGUUCAAGUAUUGGAGGGGUACAAAUGUGUUCUUAAUUCGAAACCUUUGGAGGAUUCUCUGGCUAAUUUGGCAAGCUGGGAACCUCCACAUGGCCAGUUCCUACUGGAGCAUGCUUGGCAAAAAUACCUGAUAAUUGGAGCAGCAGUGGUCAAUUGUGCCUGCUGUAUUGAUGCCCUCUAUUCUUACAUGAAAUCUGAAGUCCAAACUCAAGCACCUGAACAUCUGAAGAAGAAUCUGAGCUUUGCCUUCGUGAGAUUGAGUUCACAGUCCUCGGCCGUAUUAAAUGAACUUGCAAACUCAAUUAGGUGCAUGAGGCAGUCCACUGACAUGGAUAUGCUGAUCAAAGACAUGAGUUUGGCUUUAGGAGAACUUCAGAUGGUCUUAAAAUCUCUUCCUAAUGAAAUAAGGAAAGGGCAAGAUACAUUAUUUAGCAUAUCAUUAGUUGAAAUCAUGCCCCUAAUUGCGAUUGCUUCCCAGUUGAUUGAGAUAUCUUCGAGGAUUAUUGCACUUGUUGAUGCAGUUAAUGACCUCGCAGGUGAUACCUUCUAUAAUCCUUCAAGCAAAGAAAAGUUAUCUAAUGUCAAAGGACAAAUCUGA